AUGCCCACUGCUAUCCCUGUCCCCACCCCUGCCACUGCGGUACCGCCCCCCUCCAAAGCUCCCUCCUCCCACCUCAACAUAGACCCCGCGUCUGCCCAUGCUUUCGCUAUCGCCGUCCUUGCCAAGUACAACGUCCCCGCGGACCGGGCGGGUAUGGUCGCGGACUCGCUCGUCCUUGCCGACCUCCGUGGCGUCGAUACUCACGGUCUCAACCGCCUCGGCGGGUACAUUGACCGCAUCAAAGCCGGUGUACUCGACCCCAAUCCUGAACUCACGUUCAAAAUGCGCACUCCCGUCCUCGCCGAGCUGGACGCCCGCAACACCUUUGGCUUCGUCGCCGGCUGCCUCGCGGUAGACAAGGGUAUCGAGAUCGCCGAGACAUUCGGGCUCGCCAUCGUCAGCGUGAAGAACAGCAAUCACUACGGUAUGGCGGCGACCUAUCUUCUUCGGGCAAUCAAGCGCGGUUUCGGAGCUAUGGCGUUCACCAAUGCCAGCCGGAGCAUGGCGCCCUGGGGAUCCAAGGAGCCCCUCUUUGGGACGAGUCCCUUUGCGGUGGGCGUACCGGGUGGGGAAGCAGGGGACUUUGUGCUGGACAUGAGCCCUAGCGUGGCGGCGAGGGGAAAGAUCAGGAAGGCGGCGAGGCGGGGGGAGUCCAUCCCGGAGGGGUAUGCGCUGGACGGGCAGGGCCGCCACACCACCGACCCCAACGAAGCCCUCAAAGGUGUCGUCCUCCCCAUCGGCGGUCCCAAGGGCAGCGGCCUCGCCAUGAUGAUGGACAUCUUUGGCGGGGUCAUGACGGGCGCAUCUUUCGCGGGCGACGUCAAUGACCAAUACAAGAACCUCUCCUCUCCCCAGGGCGUCGGACACUGGUUCAUGAUCUUCCGUCCCGAGGCGUUCUUGGAUGGCGGCAAGGAGGAGCUAGGCGAUAGGAUGGACGUUCUGCUGGAGAGGGUCAGAGGCUGCGACAAGGCGGCAGGGGUGGAUAGGAUCUUCACGAGCGGGGAGAUUGAGGCGAUGACGGAGGGGAGCAGGCGCCAGGGCGGGAUCCCGUUCACGCAGGAUGAGGUUAAGAAUUUGCAUAGCUUAGCUAGGGAGAGCGGAUCGGAUGCCGUUUUGCAGACAGUGUAG